CCAGUCGAGGUGGCUAGCAAACUGUUGGCUCUAAGGCUAAAAGCUUCUUGUCAGAAAUUUCAGAAUAAAUCAUACAAGGUAAGGUAGGCACAAGAUCUCAAGGUUGCUAUAUCGGUACUAUGUGGACACUUGCUCCAAGAUUGAGACCAAAGGGCUCUUCAACUCGGCAGCUGUUGUGUUGACCUCUUGCCAUGUGCAAGACUAUACAGCCAUACUUUGAGCGUUUUUUUUCUUUACCUCUCGAAUGUAAACAUCUAUGUCUGUAUCUGGGGUUGGACGCCUUUUCCUCCAAUGUAUGUACCCGUCAAACUUCCAGCAUUGCAUGUCUGUAGGACUGCUCCUUCCCAUCGCCUCUGAUCUCAAAGCAGCUACCGUUGUGAAGUGCUUGCCAGCUCUGGCUUCCUUGAACCAAAACUUGCCAUGCUUUCCCUCCCACCAACCUUUUCCGCUGCCCUUAACAGUACCCAGUCCAGUCUCAAAUUCAUAUGAAUCCGGGAUCUUAUUUGUAUGCUGUCCCCAAACCCGUCCGUGGAAUCCAGUGUCUUCGAAUCAGCCCUACAAUGCUGCGUCUCCAGCCCACUAUUCUUUCACUGACCAUGGUCGAGGUCGAGGAGCUUGAUCAACGUCUGAAAGAGAAGAGACACCACCGCCAGUUCCUCAACUAUCUUACAAAACCAGGGGAUGCAUCCGCGAUACCAGAAUUUGUUCCAAGCUUUCCCUCGGCUUCUUCUGCUAGAGCGCGCGGCAAACAACCACAGACUGACCAAAACAUACGCUUCUUGCCCCCCGGUAACAGACCAGAAUCUAGGCGUUCCACAGACACGGAGCCAUCCAGUUCAGUUCUUGCUCAGCAGAAUCAAGGGGCCACCUUCACACUGCCGGACCGCACCAGAACAGUUGAAGGCCAACCUAGGCCUAAUAUAAAGGCUGAUCACCCGCUAGAACUUGAUGGGCAGCCGCCUUCUCCGUCCCAACAGCCAGUACUGUCGACUCCUAGACAUAAUCAAGUGGCAGAGUACCACUCAGUCGACACUUACCCAUCCCUUCCAACAGGUUCACCCGGCCAAUCAUCUGCUUCAACUCCGGGUAUCCAUACCGACCGUGUACCUCCAGUUGACAGAGAGCAGACGCUAGAACGAGGACCGGCAUACCCGUCCCGUCCAGCAACAUAUAGACGGCUGGUAGAGCCAACAGUCUGGCCUUCGUCCCCCAUCACCCAUGAUUUUGAGCGUCUGGCGAUUGUUCAAAGGGCUGUCAGAACCCUAGCGCAGUUGGAUGAUGCGGACAGAAGACACAACAACCCCCGUGCUUCAAUGAGUCCCCCUCGCCGACCAAGCACAACGGUUCCUCGCCAUCGGAUCCGACCUCGGGACAGCGUCCCUGGUGAACCCACGACGCCACGCCGUCAAUUGUCUCCUCCGCCUUUUGAGAUCUACGACGAUUCUUUGCCGCCCUCGGCACAACCUCAAACGCCCCAGAAUCUGCCGGAAGCACAGCACCAGAGCCGAUUGCGGGGCUCUUACACAGUCCCAACCCGCCGUGGCACGUCUCCAGGAUUUGACUCGCUUUCAAGGCUCAGCCGACGAAGACGUGAGCGAGAAGAAAGAAUUCCAAGCCCGCCUGGAUUACAGACGCCGGGCAUGAUGGGGUUGUACGGUGGUCUUGAAAAUGCUGAUGACGUGAGUUUGUUUGAGCGGGCCAUUCGGCGGAGCAUGGAGCAUAUGGAUGGCAGUCCAGGGCCAAGCAGGUAGCAUGCUUCUCUUACCUGUGAUAACCGGAAAGGAGGAAUGAGCGGAGAGGGCGGUUGGAAGGAAACUUGGGAUUAUUCGUACUAACUGUCCUCAUACUUGUCUAGUCGAGCUUUAUGUUUCUAGCCAAGACCAACUCAGCAUGUUUGAUAUCGGCUGUAUGAUUAUUACCAUAGAGACACUCGCUUUGACCUCGCACUCUGAUCUUUGACCUUGCUGCGCCAGCACUGAGCAGCAGCCUCUGCGUUUUUGCUUGUUUCACCACGGCUAAUAGUUCAAAGACAGACCGAUACUUCCCGUUCAUAA